UUUGUGCACACGUCGUUCGAUGGAGAGGCCAACAGAGUAGAGAAGCAGAAACUCCACAACAGAGCCCGUCAGUUGCUCCCUCACCUCUGCAUGCCAUGGACUUUUGAUUCGUCGAUUAUUCAAACUCGCGAUUCGGUCCGCGAAAGAUCAUCAUAUCUAAGCGAGGCGGUGUGAUUUGUAAAUUACGCCGAAGCCCUCCCCCCAUCCCUGUUUGAUUCCGUCCAUUUCUCUCUAUCUCUUUCUAUAUAUAGAUAUCCUUUUCUCCAUUGCUCUUCUGUUGAAUGUCGGUUUCGCAGAGAACCCUCUGCGGCUUAGCUCAUACUUUGUGUUCUCGCUCGCCCUAUUCUUCCAGAAGGUUCUUUUGCUUUCGCCCUUUCCCAGUCACACUCAGUCACUCGUCUGUUUCACACUCGACCAUGCCCCGCAACCAGCGACGGGGAGGUUCCAUUGGACCAAGAUGGGUAGAGAAGCCGAAAUUCAAUACGCCAUCUACACCGACAUCGGUGUCGGAGGCUUUCUCAAAUGCAACUACUGAAGCUGUAACUGACAGGCUUAAUACACUGAGUGUUGCAGAAAGCAAAGUGCAGUCUCCUGUUUCAGCACCAUCCAUACAGUUCGGGAGCUUGGGCGUAUCAAAUCAUGGACAUGUUCACGAACAAAAAGCUCAAUGGAAACCUAAGGCAUAUGGAACAGUGACUGGAGGUACAGCUGUAGAAACCAGUACAGCUCCAGUUGAUCAAACGACAGCCUUGGGGAAUGGAAUCCGGUCGGAAUCCAAUGGGAAACCAAAUCCUAUUUUGAGUAAGCUGUUUAGUGGUAAAUUGUUGGAUAACUUCAUCGUGGACAACUCAACAUAUUCACUUGCCCGAGUUAGAGCGACUUUUUAUCCAAAAUUUGAAAACGAGAAGACUGAUCAAGAGGUCAGGACAAGGAUGAUAGAGGUGGUUUCCAAAGGCUUAGCUACAUUGGAGGUUUCGCUCAAGCACUCUGGGUCACUUUUCAUGUACGCUGGACAUGAGGGAGGAGCAUAUGCCAAGAAUAGCUUUGGCAAUAUCUACACUGCUGUCGGUGUCUUCGUACUUGGACGCAUGUUCCGUGAAGCUUGGGGUCCAGAAGCCAGCAAGAAGCAGGCUGAGUUCAACGAGUUCCUCGAGCGGAACCGCAUGUGCAUAUCAAUGGAGCUGGUUACUGCUGUAUUAGGAGACCAUGGGCAACGUCCUCGUGAAGAUUAUGUGGUUGUGACUGCAGUAACUGAGUUGGGAUGUGGAAAACCAAAAUUUUAUUCAACUCCUGAUGUUAUCGCAUUUUGUAGAAAAUGGCGCCUACCAACAAAUCAUGUGUGGUUGUUCUCAACAAGAAAGUCGGUAACAUCAUUUUUUGCUGCUUAUGAUGCACUUUGUGAAGAGGGAACAGCGACAUCUGUAUGUAAGGCACUUGAUGAAAUUGCAGAUAUAUCUAUACCUGGAUCAAAAGACCAUAUAAAGGUGCAGGGUGAAAUCUUGGAAGGUCUAGUGGCUCGAGUAGUAAGCCAUGAGAGCUCAGAACAUAUGAAGCAGGUUCUUAGGGACUAUCCUCCACCACCGUUGGAGGGAGCUGACCAGCAUCUUGGAUCCAGUCUGCGGGAAAUAUGUGCUGCAAAUAGAACUGAUGAGAAGGAGCAAAUAAAGGCACUUCUUGAGAGUGUUGGUACCUCCUUCUGCCCAAAUUACUUGGAUUGGGUUGGAAGUGAGGGUGCUGAUUCUCGUUCAAGAAAUGCAGAUCGAUCUGUACUGUCAAAAUUUCUACAAGCGCGUCCUGCAGAUUCUUCCACUGCUAAAGUACAGGAAAUAGUUCGUCUGAUGAGGGAGAAACGUUUCCCAGCUGCAUUUAAGUGUUAUCAUAACUUUCACAAGAUCAACUCUGUUACAAGUGAUGAUCUUCAUUUUAAGAUGGUUAUUCAUGUCCACAGUGAUUCAGCUUUCAGACGGUAUCAGAAAGAGAUGAGGUACAAUCCAGGAUUAUGGCCACUUUAUCGAGGUUUUUUUGUCGACCUAAACUUAUACAAGGCUAAUAAGGGGAGGACUGGGGAGUUAUCCAAGGAAACCAAUGCUUUACCAGAAACUGGUGGAGCAAAUGGUGAAUCUGGAAAAGAUGAUUUAGCUGAUGAAGAUGCAAACCUGAUGAUCAAGUUGAAAUUUCUGACGUAUAAGAUAAGGACCUUUUUGAUUCGGAAUGGCUUACCCAUCCUUUUUAAACAAGGUGAAGCUGCAUACAGGACCUACUACCUGAGGCAAAUGCAGAAAUGGAAUACAUCACCUGCAAAGCAAAGAGCACUCAGCAAGAUGCUGGAUGAAUGGGCUGUGUUUAUACGGAGAAAAUAUGGAUACAAGCAGCUUCCAUCAUCCACAUACCUUAGUGAAGCCGAACCAUUCCUUGAACAGUAUGCAAAGCGCAGUGCACAAAAUCGGGCUCUGGUGGGAGCUGCUGGAAGUUCGGUUAGAGCUGAAGAUUUCAUGGCCAUUGUUGAUGGAGGAGAUGAAGAGGGUGACCUGGAGCCCGUGAGAGAUGUAAUACCUUCACGUCUGACUCCCACAGUGAAGGAAACCAUUAGGAAAGACGAGGGGCUAAUCGUCUUCUUCCCUGGAAUACCUGGUUGUGCUAAGUCAGCACUUUGUAAAGAGAUACUGAAUGCUCCUGGAGGACUUGGUGAUGAUCGUCCAGUCCGUAGUUUGAUGGGUGAUCUUAUCAAAGGAAAGUAUUGGGGAAAGGUUGCUGAAGAGCGCCGGAAGAAGCCUUAUUCUAUUCUGCUUGCUGACAAGAAUGCUCCCAAUGAAGAAGUUUGGAGCCAGAUUGAGGACAUGUGUCGUAGCACAAAAGCUUCUGCAGUUCCAGUUGUACCUGACUCAGAAGGAACUGAAUCAAAUCCUUUCUCUCUUGAUGCUCUUGCUGUUUUUAUUUUCAGAGUGCUUCACCGUGAUAAUCAUCCGGGAAAUCUUGACAAGAAUUCUCCAAAUGCUGGUUACGUUUUGUUAAUGUUCUAUCAUCUAUAUGAUGGCAAGAGUCGCAGGGAGUUUGAGUCUGAGCUAAUAGAACGUUUUGGCUCACUUGUGAAGAUCCCUUUGUUGGAAUCCAACAGAUCUCCUUUGCCAGAAUGCGUUAGGUCUACUUUGGAAGAAGGAAUAAAUUUAUACAAGCUUCAUACUAGAAGACAUGGAAGAAUGGAGUCCACCAAAGGCACAUAUGCUCAAGAGUGGACCAAAUGGGAGCAGCAAUUACGUGAUACUUUAUUUGGAAAUAGUGAAUAUUUAAAUUCUAUUCAGGUGCCUUUCAAAUUUGCCGUUGAAAAGGUUCUUGAACAACUAAGAGCAAUUGCUAAGGGAGACUAUACAGCACCUAGUACUGAAAAACGGAGGUUCGGAGCCAUCGUCUUUGCAGCUGUCAGUCUACCGGUUUCAGAAAUCCUAAGUCUCCUUCAAGAUUUAGGUCAGAAGGAUCCUAAAGUUGAAGGUUUCCUCAAGAACAAGAAUCUAAAUAGCAGCCUCACAAAAGCCCAUGUAACUCUUGCGCACAAGAGGAGUCAUGGCGUAGCUGCUGUAGCCAGUUAUGGUCCGCAUCUGCACCGAAAUGUACCUAUUCAUAUGAAUGCACUAUUAUUCUCAGACAAAUUGGCAGCAUUGGAAGCUUCCCCUGGGGUGGUUGAUGGGGAGAAAAUAAAUUCAAAAAAUGAAUGGCCACAUGUAACACUAUGGACUGCAGAGGGAAUUGCAGCCAAAGAAGCAAAUACGUUGCCUCAUCUAUUUGCAGAAGGAAAGGCUACUCGUGUUGAGAUCAACCCGCCCAUCAACAUAACUGGGGUUCUUGAAUUCUUCUGAGUGCUGUUAGCUCUUUGUUAGUUUAGCUCUUUUCUUAAUUCGGGUACUCCAAUCGUUGUUGCUUCCCACAGUUUUGUAUUUGAGAGGUACGGCGUGAAUGCUACUGCAAGUUGAGAGAAGUUUUGUAGCAUGAGUUUUCCACUCUGGUCGUUCGAUAAUGAUGAAUAUAACAAACAAAACUCUUGUUGGCUUCGUUUAGGGCUAUUUUGGUUUGUCCCACAAACCAAAAUAAAACUUUGUUCACCGUUUCAUUGUGCGUUGUUGAUGUUAAUGAGAAUUUCAGGCAUAAUGUUAUUCUUGUGGAA